AAGACAGUAAGGAAUAUAGAUUCAACAAAUGGCUCCUCCACUCCGCUUAAAUCAGUUAUAUAAUAAUGAAAGUUAUGAAGUUGUGAGUGCACAUAAUAUGUGUCUUUCAGCCAGGGCUUGCUAUCCUUAUCAAUAUCUACCUAUAUCGGAUAACAGUGAUUCUACCUUGGACCUCCCCUUCCCAGAGGAAACCAGGGAUAGAAAGAAGCUGAAAAGAAGUAUAAGUAUUGCUGAUUCCAUAGAUAGUUAUAGCAGUCAAUAUAGUGAUGGAAUCAACUUUUGUACUUAUAACAGCCCCAGCAUUAGCCGCACAGGCAGCUUCAAUAACUUGUCGAAGCUGCAGUUUCGUGAUCAUAUAUGGACUUAUAAUCUAAGAUACCUUGCAGCUGAGGCUGUUGAAGAGGCGGCAGAAGCCAUCAUCAAUAUUGCUGAAGAAAGUGAUCCUGAAGAAGAUGAGAGUGCUGAUGGUAUGAGGCUGGUUAGACUUCUCUUUGGUUGUGCUGAAGCUGUGGCUUGUCGAGACAGGUCACAUGCCUCAGCUUUACUAUCUCAGCUUAGAACUUGUGCUUUAGUCUUUGGCUCUUCCUUUCAGCGUGUAGCUUCUUGCUUUGUCCAAGGUCUUGCUGAAAGGCUUUCUCUGGUUCAGCCACUUGGAGGAGGUCUUGGCUUUGCAACACCACCCAUGAUGAACAUAAUGGAUGUUUCUGAUGAAGUACAAAUCGUCAUUUCCAUCUCAGAUAAAAAGGAAGAGGCUUUAAGCCUUGUUUUUGAAAAUUGCCCACAUAUUCAAUUUGGCCACUUUGUGGCCAAUGAAACAAUACUGGAAGCCUUUGAGGGAGAGUCUUUUUUUCAUGUAGUGGAUUUGGGCAUGACACUAGGUUUGGCACAUGGCCACCAGUGGCGUGCAUUGAUUAACAGCCUUGCCAACCGUGCUGAUCAGCCACCUUGCCGUCUCCGAAUAACUAGUGUUGGCCUUGCUGUUGAUAGAUUCCAAACCAUUGGGGUAGAGCUCAAGACCUUUGCUGAAAUCAUGGGAAUAAACUUUGAGUUCUCAGUGGUGGAAAGCAACUUUGAAAAUCUUCAGCCUGAAGACAUCAAACUGUUUGAUGGUGAGGUUUUCAUUGUCAAUAGCAUCCUUCAACUGCAUUGUGUAGUUAAAGAAAGUAGAGGGGCUCUUAAUUCAGUUCUGCAGAUAAUUCACAAGCUCUCUCCAAAGGUUUUAGUACUUGUUGAGCAGGAUUCAAGCCACAAUGGGCCUUUCUUUCUUGGGAGAUUUAUGGAAGCACUGCACUAUUACUCUGCAAUUUUUGACUCCCGGGAUGCCAUGCAACCUAAAUAUGACACAAAGCGGGCCAAGAUGGAACAAUUCUACUUUUCUGAGGAGAUAAAGAACAUUGUGAGUUGUGAGGGAUCAGCAAGGAUGGAGAGGCAUGAGAGGGUGGACCAGUGGCGUAGGAGGCUGAGCCGGGCAGGAUUUCAAGCUACUAAGCUGAUGGCUCCGGCCAAGCAAUGGCUUGAGCAGAAUAAGACUUUUGAAGGUCAUACCAUUGUGGAAGACAAGGGUUGCUUGGUGCUUGGUUGGAAAUCUAAGCUAAUUGUUGCAGCUUCUUGCCGAAGUGUUAACUCACAGCCGUGAAAUUAUCUUGCGAAACUAUUUCAUGAGGUAGCUCUCAUAAGAUACUUUUUAUGCAAUUGAUAGUUUAAAAAAAAAAAAAAAAAAAAAAAAAAAAAAAUCUAAUAAAAAGAUGCAAAUAUCAUGGAAAAUGAGCAGCUGUGUAAUUAAAUAAAUUGAAUCACAGGCUACAUGGAUGCCACCUAGCAAUACCCAAUUCAGUCAUGAGUUUCAAACAGUGAAUUUGGGUUGAAAAUAAGUUAUUUGAGUUUGAACGUGAGCUGUUCAGAUGAUUGGACAAUGCAAUAAUAAAGAGAAGUAUUGGGAGUUUGGUGUGCUAAUAGACAGGGUUCAAUUGUACAUGUUAGCAGCGGGGUUCAAUUUCUUUUAGAUUCUUUUACUGACCAAAAUUUAUUGUA